UUGAAUCAAUACUUCAGCAAGUGUCAGUUUUAAGUGUGCAUCCACACUGUUCGCGCAGCUCGUGGAAAAAUGUUUCGCUUUGCUAUCAUUAUUUUACUGCAUUAUAUUUUAAUCUGUCCAAUCAGAUUUUGCUUUGGUCAGUGUAAUGAGACAAGCAAAGUGUGCGAAUGCAAUUGCAAAUGUGUUGUGCAAAUAGAAGCCGUUAAUGAUGAUGACAUUGUGGAAAAUGUGAAGAGUGAAAAUAAAAACGAUUCCGAAAUCGAAAAGCAGCUUCGUCCGAAUCGCAUAUCCAAACCGUCUAGUUGUACUGAAGCAGCAGCUUACAGCAUGAAAAGUGGCAUUUACAAAAUACAGCUAGAAAAAUUUAAUAUCAGAGACCUCGAGAUAUUUUGUGAAGAAGACGUGGAUUUUGGGGGAUGGAUAGUAAUCCAACGGCGUCGAAAUGGCUCUGUAGAUUUUUAUAGAGAUUGGCAUGACUACAAGGAGGGAUUUGGUGACUUGACGGGAAACUAUUGGAUUGGUUUGAAAAAUCUACAUGCACUCACUAGCAGCUGUCAGCAAGAGUUGUAUAUUCAAAUGAGAAGUCAUAAUGGUUCAGACUAUUAUGCAAGAUAUUCAGAGUUUCAUAUUGGUGCUGAGUCAGAGGACUAUGCUUUAAAGAUAUUGGAUGACUACAGUGGCACCGCUGGUGAUUCCUUAACAAAGCAUUUAGGAAAGAAGUUUUCAACGUAUGAUCGAGAUAAUGAUGAUGCAGAUGAUGAAGGAAACUGUGCGUUGCAUUUUAAAGGAGCUUGGUGGUUUGGAGGUUGCUAUGAUAGUCACUUAAAUGGGGUCUACGGAUCUGCUAGAUAUGGUAUGAACUGGAAUAGCAUAAAGUUUGAGGAAUCUUUAUUAUUUGCGCAAAUGAUGAUACGACCAAACCGUAAUUGCCUUAGACGAAGCCUGAUGUUGAGCAAUUUGAAUAGAUAUGUCUAAAUGAUCAUUAAUUUUCACUAAUUAUUUUAUGAUUUUAUGAAUAUUGUAACUAAUAAUAUUCUUAUUCACAGAGUCACGGAAAUUAAAAUCCUAAUAUAUAGUUAUAUUCAAAUCCAUCACUAAUCACACUAUACUUCGAAACACGUUGAAAAGAGUAUAAUAGUUUAUUACUUUUCAGCAUAUUGUAGUAAAAUUUAUUCAAAUUGUCGAAAAAAAAUCAGGAUCACGGAGUUUUUCGUCGCUCCGGCUGUUUGUGCAAGUCACAGCUUUAGUUAAGAUUAAAUUACUUAUCUAAUAAUUUUUUUGUUGGUUUUUUUGUUAGUUUUAUUUUUUUACUUUCUUUAACAAUUUUUGUGGGUCUAAUAUUAUGAGUUCUAAUAAACUUUAAAAAUAUUUUCCAAAACCA